GUUCUCUCUCGCCUUUUUUGUUCUUUAUUUUUAGCACGAGUCCUAUACCGAUCGCAUUCGUCUGCUGACCAACCAACUACUGCCUCAUCUUUGUUCUUCCCUCACCCUUGACGAUACUCAAACUAAUCAUCAUCGCGACGACGCUCACCACGACGACGAACAAGACGCUUCCUCCAUGUUACAAAGUAUUGCGGAAGAAAUGCAUUUCAGUUGGCGUGGAAAAAAUAAUAAAUCCAUGCACGACCGACCACCUUCCCUGAUCAACGACUCCAAAACAUCCUAUGAGAUCUCGCUUCCCACCACACCCGUCUCCUGCUCCGCCUCGGCUGACGGUGUCCUAUUCCCACCCGAUACACCAAAACAAUCUUCCAUUUUCGCCGCCAUGUUCCAUAAACGUCCCUCGCAUAAAACCGCCAAACAUCCAUCGUCGCUUGAUCCAAAAUCGUUUUCUCCCAAAUCGUCUCGCAGUACACCCAUCAUGUCCAUUCAUCCUCCUACUUUAUCAUGGCGUCAGGGCAAUAAAAAGAAGAACCGACAUUCGACCGAUCUUGCAGAAGAGCCCUCCCUUUUACUCCCACCUGAAUUGCCCUUACCCGAUAUAGCACCAUUGAAAGACGAUUACUUUGAUUUUCGAUCGGUCGGAGCCGCCAAUCUUUUGUUGGAUCCGGAUGAUCCCAUCCUCACUUCCUCCAAAGACGCUUCACCCAGUCCUACCAAGGCCAACAGCCACCGAGAAGAUAUAACGACUCCUUCUUUGUUGCAUAAAUCAUCCAAUUCCCAACUCCAGCGGUCACUAGGCAAUGCCAUCUUCUCUGUUACCAACGGAUGCAAGCCAGACGAUGAUAUCCUCCCUUUGUCAUCCACUGCAUCCAGUCAUCCGCUGGAUCGCGCAGCCGAUGACGCCAUGGAAAACCUUGCCAAAGUGCUGGCAGAAUCUACUGCCAUUGAUCACAAAAAUGAACGCCCGCGUCAAGGACUCGAAGCCGGUUCAGAACCGGCUACGUUCCCUCGCCCGCUGCCCAUGCCAGGUUCGCUGUCGACUACCAUUCGUCCGCCUCCUCGUACGCACAGCAUCUCAGCGUUGGAUCGUUUGGGAAUGGCCAAACCAAGUGACACGUCGGUCCCUUCUAAACUGACGUCGGUCCCCGAAUCCCAAUCCCCCCCUUCUCCUGCACGCACCAGCAACAGUAACAAGUCGUUAGGCGGAUUCUGGAAAUCGCAGACUUCUCGACGAGCAGCGGCGGCGUCCGCAGCCAGUAACAGCUCGACCGGUUUACCAACACUGCAGAUCAGUACAAGCACGUUACGUCUGCGUCGUGGUAGUCAAACACUGUCGCCAGAAUCCCCUCCUCGACAUCACAGUCGGACGGCGUCCAUCUCUUCCGAUGCCUCAACUGCUCCUCGUCGCGGAUCCAUUUUCUCCGCCUCGGUGCCUUCGCUUGUCCAAGGCGCUCUGAUUGCUCGAGAUAAAUCCACGCAAGGAUAUUUUGGAAACAGCUCCGAUGGCAACAAACCGAUCGAACCGUCAAGCUUCCUAGCCCCCAUUCCCACCAAAAUCACCGAAGGGAUCAGUCUGAUGAAACGGAUCGAACUCAGUAUGCUUGAAGGAGGUUACGUCACCGACCGACUGCACGCCCCCAAAGAGCUCUGGUAUCAAACCAAUAUCCGACUGCCGGCAAUGGAUACCAAAAUUACGGCUUGCGAACUGUUACUGAGCGCUCUGAAUCGUAUGCAAGCACGCAAGAAUUUUCAAAACGCCUCGGAAGCGAACAAGGAACUCAAAGCUUUGGAACAAACCCUCGAACAGAUCAAAUUUACCUUUGCGAAAAAAUUCGGAUUAUGCGAUGAUCCCGCUGAUAAAACAACCACCUUGUCCAGUCAAUCCAGUAACAAAACAUCUCAGACCAUUGCUUCUUGGAGCAAUCGUUUCUCAAAAUCCGUUGAACGCAUGAAGCUGGACACUUCAAAGUCAUCAGAAGAUCAAUACAACGUUUAUAUCCAAACCCUACUACGCUUGUUUGCUGCAGCUCAAGUACUAGAUGAUUGGCGGCUUCAUUACAUUGAUAUGCUCAAACGGAUCCCACCGGACAAAGCCAUGUCGUAUGAUCGGAUUUUGGUCAAGACGUUGACGUGCAAAGACACAAUGCAUAAGAUUGUCUGCGGUUUCGUCAUGCGUGAUUUUGCACGACUACUCAACAAGUGGAUAAAGCGAAGCCGAGAAUGGAUCGACGAUUAAUACUUUUAUCCCGUGUGCCAUAUAUACCUUGCAAUCUUCUUUUUUUUUAUUGCUUAUUUGUACAAUACGAUACUAUAUAUCACCGCAUAUAUGAAGAACAUAUAUGUUUCGUUAUAAUGACUAAAGAAGUUCCCUCAUGAA